CUUUUCUAUUGAGAGAUCAGAAAGUGGGAAGAUGGCUGUCCACGAGUCGAUGCGAUUAUACAUAACCCCUGAGCGCUUCUUUGUGGAGCCCACAGACAGUGAUGAAAGUGAAGUUUUGAUCAUUGAUAGAGUUAGCCAGGAAAUAUCAUUGGAAUCAAACCAAGGCCAGAUCCCUCCUGGUGCUGCAUCAAAGUUCAUCUGUGGAAUCUUUGGGAUAAUCAGAUUGCUUGCUGGUCCAUAUCUGUUACUGAUAACAAGGAGGGUGAAGGUUGGAGAGAUAGGAGGCCAGUCAAUAUGGAGGGUGGCUGACACAGAGGUCAUUCCAUACAAGAAGACACUCCUACACCUGACAGAAACCCAGAUGAAUGACAACAAAAUCUACUUAUCCAUGCUGGACCAAAUGCUGAAAGCAGAUUUCUUUUACUUUUCCACCACAUAUGAUCUCUCCCACUCACUACAGAGGCUGAGCAACACUAGUCCCGAUUUCAAACAGCUAGCUCUUCAUGAAAGGGCUGAUCAAAGAUUUAUAUGGAACCACCAUGUUCUAAGAGAGCUGACACAACAGCCAGAGCUCAGCAAGUACUGUUUACCUGUGAUGCAUGGUUUUGUGUUUAUAAAGUCAGCCAUCGUAAAGGGAAAGACCUUCGACUAUGCACUUAUCUCACGGCGUAGCUGUUUAAGAGCAGGAACACGGUACUUCAUACGAGGCAUUAACUCUGAAGGCCAUGCUGCAAAUUUUGUGGAGACUGAACAGAUAGUGGAGUACGAAGGGAGCAUGUGUUCUUUUGUUCAGACACGAGGAUCGAUCCCCAUGUUCUGGUCUCAGAGACCCAACCUUAAAUACAAACCUGACCCAGUUCUGAGUACCAAGGAAAACCAGCUUCUUGGUAUGAAGACACAUUUAGAUGAACAGAUAUUUAAUUAUGGAAGAUUAGUACUGGUAGAUUUGAUUGAUCAGAAGGGGAAAGAGUUAACAUUGGGAACUGCCUUGGCAGAUAAUGUUAGAAAUGUUCACAAUGACAAUAUCAGGUUAGAAUCAUUUGAUUUCCACAAAGAAUGCAGUAAGAUGAGAUGGGAAAGACUGAACAUACUCAUGGACAGGAUAGAAGCAGACAGGAAAGAAAUGGGCUAUUUCAUGUCUCUGCGGGAGGGCACCGUGCUGAGUCAGCAGAUGGGCGUGUUUCGAACAAACUGCAUAGACUGUCUGGACAGGACCAAUGUGGUACAGAGUCUUAUAGCAAGGAGGACGCUGCAGGACCAGCUGAUUGUAAGACAUUGA